AUGCUUGGAGCAGGAGGCCUCGGGACCACCAGAGGUCAGGGAGCUGGAACAGGCUACAUACCUGGAGGUGGCUAUGGAGGCGGUUAUGGUCCAGGUGCUGGUCAAUACCCAGGAACUGGUGUUACUGGUCCCAAACCUCCUAAAACUGGAACAGGUUAUGGGCCUGUUGGUGUGGGAUUUGGACCUGGUGGAGCAGGAUCUGGGCCUGGUGGAGUUGGAUUUGGACCUGGUGGGGCAGGAGUAGGGCCUGGUGGUGCGGGAUUUGGGCCGGGUGGUGCAGGAUUUGGGCCUGGUGGAGCAGGAGUGAGGCCCGGUGGUGCGGGAUUUGGACUCGGUGGUGCUGGAGUAGGGCCUGGUGGUGCGGGAUUUGGGCCCGGUGGUGCGGGAGUGGGGCCCGGUGGUGUGGGAUUUGGGCCUGGUGGUACGGGAUUUGGGCCCGGUGGUGCGGGAUUUGGACCUGGUGGUGCCGAGGUUGGACCCGGAGGAGUUGGUCCUGGUGGAGCUGCUGUGCCUGGAGGAGUUCCAAUGCUGCCACAGACUGGCACAACUGGGGGAGGACCUGGAGGAAAGAGCGGUGGUAAAGCAUCAAAACAAGUUCCAGGAGUUGGGGUGCCUGGACUCUAUCAAGGGGGAUAUGUACCAGGCCAAGGUUUUGGAGGCCGUGGUGUUCUCCCUGGAGUGGCCACAGGAUCUGGACUUGGACCACAGACUGGGGCUGGGGUGCUUGGCCAGGGAGGUGCUGGACCAGGAGGACCAAGCAAUGGUCGUGGACAACAGUUGCCUGGGGUUUUUCGUGGUUACCCUCUCGUAUCACCAAAAUCAGGGGCAGGCAAAUCCAAGAAUCCAGCCAAAGCUGCAGCUAAAUACGGUGGAGCGGCAGCUGGGGGAGGUGCACUUGGUCAAGAAGGCACUUUGGGUGUUGGGGCUGGAAGAUUCCCAGGAGGAGGAGCGGGAGUCACACACGGAUUAGGAGUUGGAACAGGAGGCGGACCUGGAGCUGUACCUGGACUUGGAGGUGGAGUUGGAACAGGAGGUGGACCUGGAGCUGUUCCUGGACUUGGAGUGGGAACAGGCAGUGGGCCUGGAGUAGCCAGCAGCAUACCUGGUUUAGGUUAUGGUGCUGGCUCGGCCAAAGCACGCAAAUACGGUCUACUGGGCGGUGCAGGCACUGGUGCUGCUGGAGGCCUUGGACAAGGAGGGCCAGUAGCUGGAGUUGGUCUCGGCACAGGACUGGGACCUGGAUCUGGUCUUGGUUUUAGCCCUGGUGGUGCUGGCACUGGCCCUGGAGGAGCUGGUUAUGGGCCAGGUAGAACUGGGUACAGUCCAGGUGCAACUGGAACUGGAGUAGGAGGAGCAGGAACAGGACCCGGAGGGUAUGAUGCCAGUGCCAAAGCUCGUAAAUAUGGCAUGUUAAGUGGCGCACUUGGAGGUCCAGGGACAAGCACUGGAGGAUUCAGGCCGGGUGGUGCUGGUACAGGAUAUGGACCUGGAGGUGCUGGUACAGGCUUCGGACCUGGUGGUGCUGCUGGUACAGGCUACGGACCUGGUGGUGGUGGUGGUGGUGGUACAGGCUUUGGACCUGGAGGAGUUGGACCUGGGGGUGCUGGUACUGGCUAUGGACCAAGCGGAGGAGUUGGGCCUGGUGGUGCUGGUACUGGCUAUGGACCCGGUGGUGCUGGUACCGGCUAUGGAGCUGGUGGUGCUGGUACUAGUUAUGGACCCGGGGGUGCCGGUACUGGCUAUGGACCAGGUGGAGGAGUUGGGCCUGGUGGUGCUGGCUAUGGACCCGGGGGUGCUGGUACUGGCUAUGGACCAGGUGGAGGAGUUGGGCCUGGUGGUGCUGGCUAUGGACCCGGGGGGGCUGGUACUGGCUAUGGACCAGGUGGAGGAGUGGGGCCUGGUGGUGCUGGCUAUGGACCCGGUGGUGCUGGUACUGGCUAUGGACCAGGGCUUCCUGGUGGAGGAACACUGGGAGGAACAGGAUAUGGAUCUGGUGGAUAUGGGCCUGGAGUUGGACCUGUGCCUGGGAUAGGUUAUAGACCAGGUGGAGGCUAUGGUGCAGGACCAGGGGCUGGAUAUGGAACAGGAUAUGGAGCUGGAUUAAAACCUGCUAAAUACGGUCAAGGUGGAAUGGGUGCUGGUGGGGUACUUGGAGGUGAAGCAGGACGAGGUGGGCAUGGCACAGCUGGAUCUAAAGCUGCUAAGUAUGGGCAACCUGGUGGAGUUGUACCUGGGGCAGGACCAGGAGCAGGGACCAGCACUGCAGGAUCUGGUACAGAGACCGGCACUGGUGUUUCAGUAAAUGGCACCAGCACACGCAGCACUGCAGGGACAACUGGGCCCAGUGGAGGAGGACUUGGAGCCACAGGAGCCACACCAGCUCCAGCAUCAGAAGGUGAUGCCGGUGCUGGCAGUGUGAUAGAGGGGUCUGGAAGUUCUGGAGGAGAAGGAGGUACUGGUGUAGCUGGCAGACCAGUGGGUGAAGUAGGCGACGGAGAUGGCUUGGCUGGAACAGGAAUCCCCAUCAUAGGAGAAAAAACAGGACUCAAUGGGACAGAAGUUCCAGGUCCCACAGGAGCCGCCCCUGUUGGGGGCGGGACUGUACAACCAAGUGGUGGUACAGGACUUCCUUCUGGAGGUUCUGGUGGUGAUAUCGCAACAGGGACGCUGCCUGGAGCCAAACCUCUCAGACCCCCAGGUGUCCCCAGAGGUGACACACCAGGUGAAGGAGAUGGAGAGGGAGGUCCUGAUGGAGAGAGAGGUGGUACAGGAGCCACAGGUGGAGUAGGAGGGAGUCCUCCCAGUGCAGGAGCAGCAGGAGGAGUUAUAGGUGGCGUAACAGAUGAGGGGAGAGGAGGGAGUCCUGCUGCUGGAACUGGAGUUGGACCAGGAGGUGCAGCUGGUGGAGUUGGAGGAACACCAAAACCACCCAAAGUAUACAGACCUGAUGGGACUGCAGCAGGAGGUGUAAGUGGUGGACCUGGUGGAGUAGGUGGGGUGGCAGGAGGAGGUCCAGGAGGAGUUGGAGGAGGUCCGGGAGGAGCAAGCUUGGUACCUGGGGCUGGUGGAUCUGGUGGAGUAGGAACAGUCCUUAAACCUGGAAAAAGCUAUGGUGCUGGUGGUGCUGGAGUUUUACCAGGUGGAGGCAUACGUUACCCGACUGGAGCUGGAGUAGGACAGGGGGCAGGAAAAUCCGGCAAAGUGUAUGGAGCUCUUGGAGCAGGAGGCCAGGGUGGGGUUGGGCCUGGCAGUUAUGGAGCUGGUCCUGGUGGCUAUGGUCCUGGUCCAGGAGGUUAUGGUGCAGGACCGGGAGGUUAUGGGGCUGGUGGUUACGGACCUGGUGGCACUGGUCCAGGCGGAUAUGGACCCAACACUGCCGGGACUGGACUGAGUGGUGUCGGAACCGGCUCAGGUGGCUUUGGACCAGGUGGUGUUGGCCCAGGACUGGGCAGUCAUGUACCUGGUGGAGCAGGGGUUAUUCCUGGUGUUUAUACUGCUGGAGGUCAAAGACUGGGGACAAGAAAGCCACCCAAGUCAGGCUAUGGAUCAUCCUCACUUGGUGGAGCAGGCUAUGGGCAAGGUGGUGCUGGAACAGGAACGGGUGGCUUCGGACCAGGUGGUGCUGGAACAGGAAUGGGUGGCUUCGGACCAGGUGGUGCUGGAACAGGAAUGGGUGGCUUCGGACCAGGUGGGGCUGGAACAGGAACGGGUGGCUUCGGACCAGGUAGGGCUGGAACAGGAACGGGUGGCUUUGGACCAGGUGGUGCUGGAACAGGAACGGGUGGCUUCGGACCAGGUGGGGCUGGAACAGGAACGGGUGGCUUUGGACCGGGUGGUGCUGGAACAGGAACCGGUGGCUUCGGACCGGGUGGUGCUGGAACAGGAACGGGUGGCUUCGGACCGGGUGGUGCUGGAACAGGAACGGGUGGCUUCGGACCAGGUGGUGCUGGAACAGGAACGGGUGGCUUUGGACCUGGUGUUGCUGGCACAGAAACCGGUGGUUUCGGAGCAGGGGGCCAAAGAUUUGGAAAAAGAAAACCUGCCAAAUCUGGUUAUGGAGGAGCUGGGGAUGGAUCAGGACAAUUAGGUGGAGGUACAAGAGCUGGUGCUGGUGGAGUUGGAGCUGGGCCUGGCGGCUUUGGCCCAGGAGGCGCUGGAACUGGUGGCUUUGGUCCAGGAGGUGCUGGAACUGGUGGCUUUGGUCCAGGAGGCGCUGGAACUGGUGGCUUUGGUCCAGGAGGUGCUGGAACUGGCAGCUUUGGUCCAGGAGGCGCUGGAACUGGCGGCUUUGGUCCAGGAGGCGCUGGAACUGGCAGCUUUGGCCCAGGAGGUGCUGGAACUGGCAGCUUUGGUCCAGGAGGCGCUGGAAGUGGCGGCUUCGGUCCAGGAGGUGCUGGAACUGGCAGCUUUGGCCCAGGAGGUGCUGGAACUGGCAGCUUUGGUCCAGGAGGCGCUGGAACUGGCGGCUUCGGUCCAGGAGGCGCUGGAACUGGCGGCUUUGGCCCAGGAGGCGCUGGAACUGGCAGCUUUGGCCAAGGAGGUGCUGGGCCUGGCGGCUUUGGCCAAGGAGGUGCUCGGCCUGGCGGCUUUGGCCCAGGAGGUGCAGGAACUGGCGGCUUUGGCCCAGGAGGUGCAGGAACUGGGCCAGGGGGUUUUAGACCUGGUGGUGUGGGUGGAUAUGGACCUGGUGGCCAAGAACUUGGGAAUAGGAAGCCUCCUAAAUCGGGUUACGGCUCGUCGUUGGGUGGAACUGGCUAUGGACAAGGUGGUGGAGUAGGAAGACUUCCUGGUGCAGGAACAGGAGGUAUUAUUGGAGGCUUAGGUACUGCAGCAGGAGGGACAGGAGGGGCAGGAGGUCCUGCAGGAACAGGUCAGGGAGUAGGAGGAGGUGCAGGCGGCUUACCAGCAGGGGGUGUUGGCCCUGGCUAUGGGGGGAUGGCUGGUGGAAACUAUCCAGGAUACACAGGGGCUGGUCAAAAAUCCAAGGCACAGAAGGCAGCCAAAUAUGCAGCCAUGCAGGCCUUUCUGGGAGCUGGGGGCUACAGAGGCGCUGGCUGUCAGGGUAAAUUCUGUGGCCGAAGGAGGAAGUAAGAGACCAAGAGACAGGAAGUGACCUCAUUAACACAACAGUGGUGCUAUUGCAUGAUCCCAGAUUGUAAAUGUCUCACCUGCCACAGAAGCUAAAGCUUCAACACAUUCCACAUGUUACAAUUUUCAUAAUCCUAGAUUUUAUGCAAGGGUCUCUUUCAAAAAGAGCAUUGGUUCUCAGCCUGCUUGGGUCGUGAUUCCU